AUUGAGCGCCCCUGGUGUCCUGGAGGGCACAGAGAGCAUGGAUGAUCUAGGAGACGGCAGUCUCAAAGGAGCCAUUGAUAUGGAAGGAGCCUCAGCAGGUUCACCUGACUUUGAGAAGGUUCCUGAGAUACCCGUUAAUGACUUCGAUGAGGAUGAAGAUGACGACGAUGACGAUGAUCGGGUGUGUGACAUGGAUGUGGGCUCAGAGCGGGCAGAUGAACCGCAGAGACCCAGGCAUGACAAUGAUGUGGAUGACGAUGAGGAGGAUGAAGAUGUUGAGAUGGCGAGUGAGGGGGUUACAGAGAGUGGACUGGAAAGCUAUGGGAAUGCAGAUGAGGAUGAUUUUGCUGAGGAUGAAAGGCUGGACAACCUGAACAGAGUGGGCCAGCCACCACCUCCCCCUAUGCUGCCCUCUGCCCCUGCGGCUCAGUGGGACCAGCCAAACCCCUUUGCGGAUCCCUGGGAGGAACCUCUUCAGCCACAGCAGGUUCUUGAGCACGUCUCCCAGCCUGAACAGGGGGCAGGAGCGGCUGCUGCAAGCCCUGUGGCAGAGCCCUGGCAGGCAGAUUCAGAGACCCCAACUCAGACCCCAGCCCAAGCCUGGCUAGAACUAGGCUCUGGUCUUUUUGCUCUUGAAAACCAAGAAGUCCCCCAUCAUUUCUCUAACAAAGAUGAGCCACAAAAUCAAGAGGCCCAAAUGUACAUGAACCAGUCCAGCCCAGCUCCAAUGCAGACCCUGGCCCCAGCUCCCCUCUCUGCCCCAGGAAUGUCUCUGUCAAGCACCCUAAGCAGCGAGACCAGCACACCGGAGGAACUCGGGGACUACAAUAGAGAAGGAAAGUUCCAGCCUCAAGAUGCGCAGGCGUCUGCGCUUUCCCCACAGGCUGAUCUGGACGACCAGGACCUGGGCAUCCACUUGGAGAGAGGAGACGGGGAGGGAGAAGAGGAAGCUGAGGCGGAGACCCUGCCUGCUGAUGAAGUCUUGGGAGGCCCUGCAACUGCCCCCACUUCAAACCCCUCUUCAUGCUCCGGAACAGAAGACGAGGCCAGCGACACAGAGGGAGAAGCUCAGCUGGAUGAUUCCUUGGAGAGUCCGUUGGUCAGCCACAUAACCUUUGACAGCCAGCCUCCAGCUCAGCGCUGCCUGUCCACUGUAGAAGAGGGAGAGGAGGCCGAGAUGGAGGGUUGUGCAGGUGAAGACACUACCCCACCUUCUGCUACAUCGCUGGCAUCUUACGGCUUUGACACCAUGACCACAGCCUCAAACUCCAACGCCCAGUCCACAGGGGAGAGCUGCAUCAGGAGCCCUGGCAUCUUCUCUCUGGAGGAGCUACCCGAGGAGGCCAAGGAGCUCGGUCUGAUCCCACAGCCUCACACCCAGCCGUACCUCGCAGAGCAGCAGUACAUUGAGUGUGGGAAGCAGGAAGCGGAGUCCGCUGAGUACGGCAGGGGGGAAGUGCCGGGGCCAGAGGAAGCCCUGGAUCCUUCAUCAACUCCUAGCACUUUGCAGCAACCAGAGGAAAACCCCGAUGACAUCCAGCCUCCGUACUAUUCUGCUAUCUGUGAAAAGACUGAGAACUCUUUUACAGGCUUCACUGCACUACCGCACCCUCACCGCCGCGAUCACGCAGCAUAUCCCAGAACCUACUGUGACAUCGUCAAACCUCACAGCGCCACGGUCAACCCGGCGAAGCUCACCUGUGCCGACCUCCCACCCAGGAACCUCGGGCAGCAGGCGCUGAGCCCUCAGCUCCGCAGGUUAGAGCAACACCAGAGACAGCUGCUGGAGCUGCAGCAGCGCAGGGAGCAACAGAGCCGACCGCUGGAGGAGGCGGAGCAGGAGCGGAAGAGGAGGGAGGAAGAGGAGCAGAGGAAGAAGAAAGAUGAGGCUGAAGAAGAAAUAAAGAGGAAUAAAGAGGAGGUGGAGAGGAAUAUGCGAGAGCAGGCAGAGAUGACAAAGAAGAAAGAGGAGGAAAAAUUGAGGAAAGAGGAGGAGCUCCAGCAGAGGAGAGACCUUGAACUGCAACUGCAGCAGCAGCAGGAGGAGCUGAAGCAAAGACAGCAAAUCAUGCAGUGGCAACAAGAGCUGCAACAGUCUAAUAAAGGUCAGACGGUCCUGCUGUCGCCUUCCUCUGGCCUCUGCACCAUCUAUGAAGCUCUGGAGAACAGUGAUGAAGACGAGGCUGAAGAUAAAGGGGUAAUAAAGCAGCACACUACUACAGAGGAGCCUGGACAAGAGACGUCAAAUGAAGAAAUAGACGAGGACUGUGAAAGGGGGACAUCAGAUGAAGACAAACAUGGAGAUUCGUCGCCAUCCACAGAGACCCUUCCUCCUCUCCCAGACUCCCCUCAGACACCGAGCAACCCCUCCCAGGAUGGAGACAGCUCCUCCCCUUGCCCUCCUGAGUCUCCAGAGCGACCUCCACCCCUGGACCUGGACUGGGGGAAGAAAGUGGACAUUGUCCAGCAGCUGAUCAAUCAGACCCUGCUGCUCAACAGAGAUGGCUGCUCCUCCCUUCUGCUGCUGCCAGGAGGUGCAGGAGGCACACUGAGCCCCCUGGAGAGCAGCCUGUGGCCCAGCCUCCUGCCUCCCCUCACCCCUCCCUCUGCCACAGUCACCUCUGUAAGCAGUUUCUCCCCAGAGGCCACUGGGAGCUCCCCACAGGGAGAGUGGACAGUGGUAGAGCUGGAGACGCAUCACUGAAGGUGUGUGUGU